AUGUCUUCUUCUUCCUCGUACAUUCCAUCCUGGUCUUCUGCAACUCAAAGGAGACAACUUGAACCUUCAGACAACCCGAGUCCGGAUGUUUCCGGGCCCCAACAAUCCCUCAUUGAACAGGCUCCGACUCCCAAGCCCCUCUUUCAGUUGAUCGCCUUAGGGCUCAUCGUCUUCCUCGGACUCCUUCAGUUUCUCCCCGCAACCCAUUUUCGAGACCCCUCGGAUCCUUUCAGAAACUGGGUUCCGUUCAGCUCCGUUGAUUCUAGAAUUAAUUCGAGGAAUUUCAGUGAUGGUGUGUCUGGAAUCAAUGGGCAAAAGGAUGGAAUUGUGCACAUUGUGUCGUGGAUGGAGUGUUUGGACCUUCGAAUGCUUGCAGUUCUUGCUAACUCAACUCUGUCAGGCUCAAGGUAUCCAAACCUGCUUCACUUUCACUUCUUUAUCCCAAAAGGGAAUGAAGACAAAGUGUCCUUUUUUAAGUUGAAAGUGUUGUUCCCACAUUCAAACCUUGAGAUUCAUGGGCAGGAAGAAGUGAAAGAAGCGGUUCGGACUGCUAUGUCUGGGGUAAAACAUCCUAUAUUCAAGUAUGAAGAAAUAGUGCCUUUCAUUAUACCUAGAGUUCACCGCUUCUUGGGUAAAUUCAUAUACAUCUCACCAAAUGUAAUUGUGAAGGGGAAAGUUGAAGAACUAACUGGUGUUGACUUGAGCAAUUAUGCUAUUGCAGCUGCCGAGGACUGCUCAAGCUUAGAAACUUAUGUUAAUUCAGACGUACUCGACGCUAUCCAGAGAUCAGCAUCAAAGCCUUGGGUAUCUGAGACACCUUAUGCAAAGAUUUCUUGUAUGCCAGACUUGAGCUUGAUUUUGAUUGAUUCGAGGAGAUUGGAAAAAGAUUUUCUGGAGGCUUUCCUGUGGUGGAAUAAAGUUCUAAAUUGGAGUGAAAGGAUCAGCGGAAGAAAUCCUGCCAUUUCACUGGCACUCUACAACAGAUACCUCAAGCUUUCUAGUUCUUGGUUGGUCAGAGACUCGACGUCAUUGGUAUUCAACGAAAGUUUUCUUACUGGUUACGAUGGGCCUAAGACUGUUUGCUCUGAAUCUGGUGAUAGUGCCACUUCAGAACCAGCUCAUGGCAAUCUCUGGACAGAGCACCUUCCCUCAACAUCGGAUCGAAUCGUGGGCAGCUAGAACUUUACCAGUUGCAGAAAUGGGAGGUGGGAUGAAAUUUUAAAUAAAUUGAAUCAUUUAUCCGUCAAUGCUGAAAGUUCAUCUAAGCAAGAAUGCUGUAGUGUUAGUACUGUUUAUUUAAAUGAUGUACAUGAGUAACCGUAUUUUACUAGUGCCAGUUUCUGCUGGUUUCUCCGUGUAUAAAUUUUUUCGUAACAAUUUCCGCAUGGAUAAUAUGUUUGGUUAUCGUCAUUCCAUGAUCCUGGUACAAUAUCGUAUAAAGUACUUUUAUCAGUAACUGUUCAUCCUUGUUCAACAAUUCGUACAAAACUUGUA